GGGGCAAGGAAGAGGGAUGUGCUAGAGAAAUACCCUCCAGGACGGGAGCCUGGCGCCCCGGAGCAUGGGGGCUUCACCCACACCCCGUUCCUAGCUGAGCUGGAAAAAUCCACUCAGAGCAUCCUGAGCCAGCAGAGACCCCCAGCCACCCCCUUCAGCGAGGCCACCAAGCCCAGGUACUACUAUGACCUGGACGACUCCUGUGACGACAGCGACGAGGAGGAGGUGCGGGCACAUCUCCGCUGCGUGGCUGAGCAGCCCCCGCUGAAGCUGGACACGUCCUCUGAGAAGCUGGAGUUCCUGCAGCUCUUUGGCCUCACCACGCAGCAGCAGAAGGAGGAACUGCUGAGCCAGAAGCGCCGCAAGCGCCGGCGGAUGCUGCGGGAGCGGAGCCCUUCACCACCCACGGUGCAGAGCAAGCGCCGCACGCCCUCCCCACGCCUCCCGCUCUCAACGCGCUACAGCCCCGAUGAGAUGAACAACAGCCCCAACUUCGAGGAGAAGAAGCGCUUCCUCACCAUCUUCAACCUCACACACAUCAGCGCCGAGAAGAGGAAAGACAAGGAGAAGCUGGUGGAGAUGCUCCAGGCCAUGAAGCAGAAGACCACACCGGCUGCUCCCCGCGGGACAGCCCCAGCGCCCCCACCACUGCCAACUUCUCUUCCUCUUCCCAAAGAGCCACCAGUGCCGCCGCUCCUGCUGGACCUAGAUAAACCCGUGGGCAUUGCUGUCUCUGUGCCGGAGGUGCCGAAGACGACGGAACCCAACAGGUUAGACCAGCUGAGACCCCAGGAGCUACCAAGGGCCAAGGAGUCAGGCACUGUGCCAUCAGAGAAGCCUCGGCUGAGCGAUGGACACCCCGGGAAGAAGGCAUUGAGCAUCCUCAGCUACGUCAGGGGUCCCCUCCCCAAGGACAUCCCGGUGCCGCUGUCCCACAGCAUGAAUGGCAAGAGCAAGCCCUGGGAGCCCUUCAUUGCUGAGGAGUUUGCCCAUCAGUUCCACGAGUCAGUGCUGCAGUCCACACAGAAGGCACUGCAGAAGCACAAAGGGGGAACAGCAGCGCUGACAGCAGAGCAGAACCACAAGCUUGAUGCCUCCAUCCACUACAACAUCCCUGAGCUUCAGGCCUCCAGCCGCCUGGCUGGGCCCCCGCACAACGGCACGGCCGAGGGGACACUGCCGCACCGGCCACUGCCGCCGCUGCCCCACGACUCGGCCUCCGAGGACGAAGAGGAGGAGGAGGAGGAGGAAGAGGAAGAAGACUACCCCAGGCCCAAGUGGCAAGGGAUUGAGGCAAUUUUUGAAGCUUACCAGGAACAUAUAGAAGAACAAAACCUGGAGCGCCAAGUGCUGCAGACGCAGUGCCGGCGGCUGGAGGCUCAGCACUACAGCCUGAGCCUGACGGCGGAGCAGCUGUCACACAGCAUGGCGGAGCUGAGGAGCCAGAAGCAGAAGAUGGUGUCGGAGCGGGAACGCCUGCAAGCUGAGCUGGAUCACCUGAGGAAGUGCCUUGCCUUGCCUGCAAUGCAGUGGUCUAGGGGCUAUUUCAAGGGGUAUCCCAGGUGACGCUCCUUGGGCCAGGCCGAACAUAUAGUCUAGAAAUAAUAAUCUAUUUUAUUACCUUGAAUAUUUAAUAUUUUUCACUGGGAGGUUUGAAGCUAAAAAAAUAAAAUUGAAAAAAAAAAUAUAAAAAA